AUGGACCCCAUUUCAGCUCUUGGCAUCGCGAAUGCGACCGCUCAGUUUAUCGCCUUUGCCUCAGAACUACUGUCCACCACCACAGACAUAUACAACUCAGUGGGCGAUGCUUCUGCAUAUGCGUCUAACCUAGAUACAGUUUAUUCCCGUUUAAAACUGAUUUGCAGAAACCUUAACCAAGGAUCCCAGAAAGUAUGCAGGGAUCAGAUCGCCGGAACAGCCGCUAACCCAGGUCUUGGUCACACUUUCGAUUCGGGUACGCAGGGGGUUCCCGCAGACGUUCUUGAAGGUAUGAAUGAAUCUGAACUACGAAUGGGUAACACCUUGCCUGAAUUGUGUGACGUGUACUCUACUCUUCAAGAGGUCGUCAAGAGCUGCGACCAGGACUCCACCAUCAUUCUUUCUCUCAUCUCAAAGCUGAAGUUAGAGAAUGGUGCUGGAUCCUUAACCAAAAGCUUUAAAUUGGCAAUAAAGAUGAUCUGGAAGAAGGAUGAAAUACAGAGAUUGGACGAAAGGCUCAAGCGGUCGCAGGCUAUCUUGGUUACUACCAUGGUGCGGAUAUCCAACAUCUACCAAGCCCAACAUUCUCGAGAGCUGGCGGCUUUGCGGAGGGAGAGCCUGGUUCUAGGAGCAAGAUACUCUCAGCAGCUGUCACAUAUGCAAAGCUCACUCAGCAACAUCGAGCGGGGCGUUAGAUCCCAGCCCUGCGAUGACACAUUGAUCGAUAGAAUCACCAACUUGGAGAUGAUGAUGCGCCAGACUUCACUAUCUGAGGCUAGACUACGCAAGGAGCUUGACAUCAUACGAUCACUCAGCUUCAAGACGAUACACUCCCGUCAUGACGCCAUCUGUGACGCACACCACGAAACAUUUGGUUGGGCUUUUAGAGCUUCAAGCGAUGAACAAACAAACCUGACUAAAAAGCAACGCGAGUCUCAGAGGAAGCUUCUGAAAUGGCUUGAGCAUGGCAGUGGAGUAUUUUGGGUGUCUGGGAAGCCUGGGUCGGGCAAGUCGACCUUUAUGAAGUUCGUUGCAGAUCAUCACAUGACAAUGGAGGCACUUUCACGAUGGGCACAUCCAGGUCGAGCCAUUAUUUCCAGUUGCUACUUCUGGAAUUCAGGGUCUGAGAUGCAGAAGUCAUUGGUUGGCCUUCUGCAAACACUUCUUUGCGAGGUGUUUAAGUGCUGUCCACAGUUGAUCGAAAGUGCGUGUCCCUCUAGAUGGUCCCAAGACGUACCUCUUGGAGAGAAGUGGACAGAGAGCGAGCUCCGGGAUGCCAUUUCACGCAUUUCGGAGCAAAAGGACGUCACUUUCAGGUUCUGCUUCUUCAUUGACGGAUUAGACGAAUACGAGAGCGUCAACGGCGAUCACAGCGACUUCUGCGAGUACCUUAUGUCAAUAUCCAGUCAAAGUAUCAAGAUUUGCUUGUCCAGCAGGCCUUGGAAUGAGUUUACCGACGCCUUCGGCCAAGACCCAGCGUCUAGAAUAUUCAUUCAUGAGCUUACAUGGGACGAUAUAUUCGUAUACACUCGAGAUAGGCUCCAAACGCAUCCACGUUGGAAGCUGUUAGAGCCGCAGACACCUAAAGCGGGAACCCUGGCCAAAACAGUCGCUGUAAGAGCACAAGGAGUCUUUCUUUGGGUUUUUCUCGUGACAAGGCUCCUCAGGGAGGGUCUGAGCAACGAUGAUAGCUUCACUGACCUGGAGAAGAGGCUUUUGAGCAUACCAACGGAGCUAGAAACAUUCUUCAGGCAGAUUUUGGAAUCUGUUCCAAGCUUCUAUCAUGAGAAAAUGGCUGGCACACUCUGUGUGGCACUUUAUGCAAGAGAGCCUUUGGAUUCUAUGAUAUACAGCUUCGUGGGAGAGGAGUAUGAAGACCCAAAUUAUUUCCGGCAUUGUUUCAACCCAGAAAGUGACCUGAAUCCUGACGAAGCCCAGAAUCAUCUGGUAGCACGACAAAAACAGAUUACUCGUCGACUCAAAGGCUGGUGUCGCGGGCUUUUGGACGAGCAAAUGGGAAAGGUCCAAUUCCUCCACCGAACAGUAGGGGAGUUUCUCAGAACCCGAGAAAUGUCAGAGUUCCUAGAAUCAAAACUCCCUUCGAACUUCAACAGUGGACUUUCGAUACUAAAAGCAUAUUUGGCGUGGCUCAACUUGUCCAGUCUCGAGGGCGGGAAGUUCAUGCUGUUUGAAGACAUAGGUAUAAAGGAUCUAGCUUUGUGCGAAAGUCCAUUAUAUCUUGGACUUCAAUCCUCUCUCAAAUAUGCUUCAUACCUUGAGCUCGAGGAUAGUGUCCCCAAACCAUAUCUGGACUCGCUUAUUGACGAAAUGGAUAUACGGUUGGCAAAAAUGGCGAGGGCUAUAAAACCACUGCUUGUGAACCAUGUUCUGGAGACAUCUGAACAUGUUUCUGGAUUGGUUCGUAUAGCUGCUCUUGAUCUGCCUUUGAUGGGAUAUCUUUCCAGAAAGAUUUUAAAAGAACCAAGCUUUCUCUCUAUGUUCGGUCAGUCACCAAUAUCCACUGUAUUAUGGACUCCAACACUGUCACACAUAACAUGGCCGACUGAAAGCCGAGAAAAGCUUGAGUACUUGUUCAAGUCCGGCUCCAACUCAAACGAACUGACAGUGGGAUCGAUGCAUAUGGUGACCGUAUGGGAGAGGUUCUUAUCCGAGAUUCUACCAAAAGGCUCCCCGACAGGAUGGAAUAGAGCUGGCCCCAAGUUUCAAGACGCAAUCGAGCUUGGCCUGGUGCAAGUCUUUCUAGACUUUGGUGCCAAUCCUCGGAGCAAGAUCUGGUUAGACUCAGUUAAUGCUGUGUCUGCCUUGACUCUAUUCUUGGCUGCUGGCUUCGACCUCGAAAGGCAUGAACAAGCCCAAGAAAUGUACUUCCAAGCACUAGACUGUUUCAUUCAAGGAGGGGCAACACUUGAUAGUACUGAGAGCUCUGGCGAUGAACCUCGAUCGUCUGGCUUGGACCAAACUCUCCUCGAGGUCUCCAUGAUCGACUUUGCUGAGUUUAACUGCGUCAUGGGAACAACUACUACUGGAUCCGCCCAACGGCACUGCGAGCUUAUUUUUGACCAAUUCGAAGAGAAGUUGCGACCAGUUGAUACCAUCAGUACUGAGACGCCACAUCAUCUCUUUUUCGCAGGAUUGCUUAGAAGGAUCUUGCCAUGCGCUUACAAAGCAUCAUGGCCUUUGGACAGGUACCAGUAUCUCAUCGAGCGGACUCUAGAGCAGACUCUAAACAACGAAAAGCCAUCGCCUGGUAGUAUUUGGCGUUCAGUCCAUCUAAAGAGAUGCAGGACAGUCGAUUCCGACGAACAUGGAAAUCAGGCAAAACGAAGGUUGUUUCAGGAUAAUUGA